UUUUGAGUUUACUGUCCCUUUACAACUUAAAUGCUCCCACAAACGUUUCAGUUUUGACCUUUCUAUCCUCAAGAGUAAAGUGCCUGAACAAGUUAGGCCAUCAUCCCUGAUUUCUUGAAAGUGCCCAGUAAUAGUGCUUAGCAAGUCAGGUAUUUGUUUAUAUAAAUACAUAUACUUUAUCGACCGGGAGUGCAGCAUUUUCCCUAUUUGCAAUAUGAGCUGCAGAUGGCACCAGACACAGAACACAAAAUCUCCUACAAUUGGCGAUAGCCUCAGUAAGGCUCAUUGUCUUGCGGCAACAAACCAGAGAAGCUAUGUGAACAGAUAUAACGAUACGAUCCUGACCAUUUUGUCCUCCAAAAAAACAGCCUUCAAGUAACAAAACAGAGACAAAGUUGGUAAAAAUAAAUAAAUAACUUCCUCGAAUAUGAGGGCCCCGAAGUACAAUAUCACAUGACAAAUGGGAAACGUUUACGUGCAGGUUAACGUCCUGACGCAGUCCUGGCAGUGAAGCAUUUUCAGACCCGCUAAGAUGGCGGUGUAUCACUGUACUGUGUGCCGAAAAAGUAGUUUUUGUGGUCGCAGGAAACAUGUUUAUGAGAAGGGGCACAGGGAACGGCUGGCUGGGAUACUCAAGACCUUCAGUAGUAAGAUAUCCGCUGCAAGGAAAAUGAUAAAAGGGGCUUCUGUUGUAAAGUACAGUCCCUCUGAGCAUGAGGGAAGUUUUUGGUGUUACUGCUGUGAUGCAGAAGUAAAGAAACACACAACAGAUGGGAACCAAACUGUAUUGUUUGGAGGGAUUCUGGAGCAUAUGCAAAGCUCAGAACAUGUAAAAGCAGUGAACAAAUUUUGGUGGACACAUCAAGCUGAGAAAAAUCUUAAACCACAAUUUGUACUUAGCUCAGAAGAAUUUGAGAGGUUUAAGUCGUCUGUUACCAAAGCCCUUGACAACUACGAGGAAACAGAGGAUGUUCUGAUCAAACAGGUUGCUGCUCAGAUCCGACAGGUUGAAGAAAACCGGAUGGAAAUUUUGCAGAGCGUCCUAGAGCCUACAACUAAUCCAGUGGAAGAAGAGGAGGCAGAAAGUGCACAUGUAUCCUCCAGGAAACUAGAGUUUAACCCUGAAAAAGCAGGUCCAAGUAGGGUCCACGCCAUGACCCUUGGAAGUCCUCCGCCUACUGGAGUAGGGCCACUUCUCACAUUUAUCGGGCAUCAGGUACUUGCAGACAACAAGCUUAAUGUUCACACAGGUGCCCUCCCACCCUGGCUGAGGCUCGAUGAAGAGGAGGAGGAGAAACAGCAGGAGAUCGGCCCCUCACAUGCUGACUUCAUUAAACAUCAGGAGAAGCAAAAACUGAAGAAACUUCCUCCAAAUCGUGUUGGGGCAAACUUUGACCAUAGUUCUGCUACAGAUGAGGGCUGGCUGCCAUCCUUUGGCAGAGUAUGGAACAGCGGCAGGAGAUGGCAGUCUCGGCACCAGUACAGGAGUGAAGCAGAAGAGAAAGGAGCCAAAAGAAAAAGACGUGAAGAGGAUCUGUAAUUUCAGGAAGCUUUGGAAAAAGAAAAAAAAAUCUCCAUGCUUUGUGUCAAUUUGUUCUUAUUUAAGUCUGCUUGUAUGAAAUAUGUUUGUCUUUGAAAAAUAAAAAAAAUACUAUUGCCACA